UCGUCAGUCUGCAACUUCACUGCAAAACCAACGAAAUGCUAUUAGUAGUGGAAUUUUUUAUAACAGUGUUCCUACUAGUAUUAGCAUACUACAAGUACUCUUUCAACCACUGGAGCAAACUAAACGUCCCAUACGUAUUACCAACCCUACCAUGGGGCAACUACCCCAACCCCAUCCUCCGCAAAGAAAACUGGGGCGAAGUGGCCAUACGCAUGUACCACGACAUGAAGAAAAAAGGCCAUAAGUACUUCGGCAUCUACCUAUUUUCACAACCCUGCUUAGUCCCAACCGACCCAAAAUACGUCCGCCUUUUCCUAGCUAAAGAGUUCACCCACUUCAAUUUCCGCAAUUUCUACUACAACGAAAAAGAUGACCCUGUAAGUGCCCACUUGAUAUCUCUAAACGGCGACAAAUGGAGAAAGCUGAGGACGAAAAUGACGCCAAUCUUCACCACCGGGAAGAUCAAAACGGUGUUCAAAGUCUUCGUAGAAUGCGAGAAAGUUUUGGAGCAAACUCUGAGCCACCACUCCGAAAAGGGAACAGCUUUUGACGUUAAAGAUAUGUUUGCUUCAUUCAGUUCUGACGUGAUCGUCAAUUGUGCGUUUGGUCUUGAAGUUGACAUGUUUCGGAAGAACGAAUUCAGCAAACAUACGAAGAAAGCUAUGAAUUUUGAUAUGGCUAGGUGCAUAGUUAUGUAUUUGGGGGCGGCGUUCCCUCAGUUUUGUCGCAUGCUGGGGUUCAGACAGAUCGCUAAAUCGUCUGGGGAUUUCUUUAUUGAGGUGGUUGCUAACACUGUUAAUUACCGGGAGAAGAAUAGCUUCAUCAGAAAUGAUUUUCUUCAAUUAUUGAUUAAUUUGAGGGACCAGAAGCGGAAAGAUGGAGAGGAUUUCACUAUUGGGGAAAUUACGGCUCAAUGUUUUAUUUUCUUUUUAGCUGGGUUUGAAACUUCUGCCGCUACUAUGACUUUUGCUUUGUACGAAAUCGCUGCUAAUCCAGAAGUUUACGAGAAGUUAAGUCAAGAGGUUAGAACCGUUUUGGCUAAACAUAAUGGGGAAGUUUCGUACGAAGCAAUCAAAGAAAUGAGCUAUUUGGAACAAGUCGUACUAGAAACGUUGCGUUUGCAUGCCCCGGUUUAUUCAGUUUCGAGAAUGUGUACCAAAGAUUAUUACUUCGAAGAUGGUGAUAUAACUUUGAAGAAGGGGUCUUCAAUUCUCGUCCCCAUACGAGCCAUACACACUGACCCGUACAUUCACCCUGAACCCAUGAAAUUCAAACCGGAGCGUUUCCACCCCACCAACCGACAAAAGAUGGAUCAGUACUCUUAUUUACCUUUUGGUGAAGGACCACGAAUUUGCAUUGGACAACGAUUUGCUAUUAUGGAAAUCAAAACAGCCCUUGCAAUGGUGAUACGUAACUAUAAAUUUAGCGUGAGCCCUCGGACCAUACUACCGUUUAAACCAAUCCCGACGACUUUGCUACAUGACGUCCAAGGUGGCGUAUGGCUCAACUGUCAAAAAGUGUAG